CUCCCCCCCUCCCUCUUGAUUUUCUGGAGAAAAUCGUCCCACCAGCUUCACUUCAGUGGACAGUUAAUGGUGCGUGAAAGAUGUGGUUAUUUUGUAAGAAGACCGUCCUAAGUAAAUAAUCUGCAUUUCAUAAAAUCAGAAAAUAAGGAAACGAGGGUCGCGGCAGUCAUGGGGGAUCCAGAAACUGGUUCAGGCGUUAAUUGGAUGAAAAGACAACUUGUCAAGAGCUCGCAUCAUCAGAAGAAGUCUUCGUUUCAUAUCUGGUUCAAGUUCUUGCUCCUGCUUUGUCUCAUGCUCUUCAUCUUUGGUUAUACUCUGUUGAGCAGCUCUCUGUCAGGGUGGCAGGGCUUUCCACUCCAUCACCACUACUACAGUGUUUUCAAUUGGACAAAUUUGGUUAAUCUACCUUCUCGUUUUUAUGUUAACCUAAUUAAAACCCAUGAAACCACACAACCACCCACAGUCACUCAGUGUCACCAAGCCUACCCAGGCAACUACCACUUUAUUAUGGAUAACCCAGAGGUGUGUAAAACCAACACCCCUUUCCUGGUCCUGAUGGUUCCAGUCGCACCAAAUAACAGGGAAGCUCGGGAUGCCAUCAGGCAGACAUGGGGCAAUGACACUGUGGUUCAUGGCAAGGUGGUGCUCACUCUGUUCAUGCUGGGCCUCCCUGGAGGAGCUGAUGCUGGGCAGCAAAAGGAGAAGCUCAACCAGGAGAAUCUUGAGCACCACGAUCUGAUCCAGAGUGACUUCAUGGACACUUACCUCAAUCUGACCAUCAAAACCAUGGUGAUCAUGGACUGGCUGGCAACCCGCUGCCCUACAGCAGCAUACGCCAUGAAGAUUGAUUCUGACAUGUUCUUGAACAUUGACAAUCUGGUCACUAUGCUGCAGAAGCCAGGCAUUCCUAAGCUGAACUACCUGACAGGGAUGCUUAUGUGGAACAAACCAAUCCGUUCAAAGAGCUCUAAGUGGUAUGUCUCUGAGGAGUUGUACCCAGAUUCUGAGUACCCAGCCUAUGCUCUCGGUAUGGGAUAUGUCUUCUCCAAUGAUCUCCCAGGGAAAUUUGUGCAGGUCUCAAAAUCAAUCAAACCCUUUAAUAUAGAGGAUGCUUAUAUUGGAAUGUGCAUGAAAAAGUUGGGACUUGCACCAACAUCACCACCAAAUCCCUCCCAGUUCAAGUCUUAUAACACCAAAUACAAUCGCUGUGAAUUCUCCAAGGUCAUCACCUACAUUCUUGGUUCUUCACAAGAGUUGAUAAAAUACUGGACAGACUUGAAGAAGCCUGAACCACCUUGUUAGGACAAUGACUACUACAGAUGCACAGAGAAAUCACUUGGGUGGCAGAGUAUUGGGAAGUUAACUUACUUAUAGGUAUAUAAUUGUCAUACAUCCUCAUUUCAGAAAUGAGAAUUAAGAUUACAGGCUUUGACAAGAUUACAGAGGUUUCUGAACAACUGCA